AUGAAUAAUCCACCAGAAGAGCAUCGUGAUGCUCAUCCAUCGGGUCGUCGCUCAUACUUCAAUGACGCGGACUUUAUGUCAUUCAACGAAACGGUCAGACGAAUGUUUGAAAGUUUAUUCCACGGCUUAGAGCAACAGUACCGCCAACUGGGAAUAGGCUGGAGUGGUUCACCAACGAUUGCGACACCAUUUCAAUAUAAUUUUGGUAGUUCAGUUGGACAGGUUGUCAACAACAGGGAAAAAUUUGCUAUGGAAAUGGAUGUGUCGCAGUUUCAUCCGGGAGAUUUGAAAGUUAGUGUACGUCGUGGUGAACUUUCAAUUGAAGGACAUCAAAAGCAACAACGUGAUCAGCAUGGUUUCAUUGAACGACACUUUGUUCGUCGAUUCACGUUACCUGAUGAUGUCGAUGAAACUACGCUAACUUCUCAUUUGAAGGAAAAUGGUAUUCUAGAGAUAAGUGCUCGAAAGAAGAAUGUUGCACCAAUAACUCCAACACGAAAUAUUCCAAUUGAAAUGCAUAACGCCGAUCAACAACGUUCAAGACAAUCAAAACGAACCGAUUCGAGUGGAAAUCGUACAGGAAUGAGUAAUCACUGA